UGCGGCUGUUUGAGACGCUGUCGAGGUGACGGGUUUAUUAACACACGAUCAGAAGACAAGAAAUGAGACAAUGUGCCUCCAUUUUCCCGUAAAAUAAAUUAAAAACAGCAGGAUAUAAAUAGAUUUUUGACUUGAUUUCAGUCGGCGCAACCUUUUUUUUAGCUCAACGACACGAAUGUGACAACUGACAUGCUUAACCGACACUGGUGGCAAACGAAAGAUCAAGUAGGGACGUUAAAAAUGCCUCUGUCAAACAAACUGUUUAGUGUUUUUAUUUUUAUUUCGUUGACAGAUGAGAGAACAAAGGGAACCUAUCCACAUGUCCCCGUUACAGGGCCCCCACCGCAGCCCUAAGUCUCAUUGGCUAGCGCCUUCCAACAACACGACGAAUCGCGUUCCACGACACUGAGAAAACCUAACGUCGGCUCCUGUGAUUGGCCCAAACGUUUGGCGCCUCUUGAAUCUGCUGCAGCCGUAGUGGGCGGUGAGUGUGAGACGGUGAGCAGUUUGAACCGUAGCAGCGCCGAGGCGGAAACAUUGAAAUUGUUUCAAAAUUGACAGGCAGGGUGAAAUUAAACUGUGUGAUUCCCAUCCACAAACGCGCCUUCUUAACUGCUAAAGCCAGACCUAAAGUGGGGGGGACGGCAUAUUCUUCUGGUUGCCGACUCUGGGUACGUAAAGCCGGUGUCGCGCAAAGUGAAUCGCUCCCUCUUCCUGAGCUAACUGCUAACUAGCCGACGAGCUAACGUUACAGCUAGCCGGAACACGGAGCCAGCUAAUCCCGAACACAAAGGACGACUUUGCCCGUGUUUGUCAUAUCGAUCCCGAAUAACUCCAUUGAAUGAGGACUGACCCUCCUGUGCAGCUGCAGGUUGAUCAUGGUGCUCACAGGGAAGCGGUCGGAGAAAGGUCCUGCCUGCUGGAAGAGAAGGGUGAAGUCUGAGUACAUGAGGCUCCGGCAGCUCAAACGCUUCAGACGGGCCGACGAGGUCAAGGUUAGUCCACGCACAGACCUUCGCACACACACUGCAGAUAUUUCGGGAAGUCAACGCCCAUCUACAUCAUUCAACGAUAAUAGAAUGAUAGAAACAACAAUAAGCAUGUUCAACACCAAUCGGCAGAAAAUCAUGGAGCGGACUGACAUUCUCAACCAGGAGUGGAAGACCAGGCGAAUCCAGCCUGUUCACAUCAUGACGUCUGUCAGCUCCUUAAGAGGCACCCGAGAGUGUACGGUGGACAGCGGUUUCUCUGAGUUCCCCAGGCAGGUCAUCCCCCUGAAGACACUCAACGCCGUGGCCUCGGUCCCGGUCAUGUACUCGUGGUCUCCGCUGCAGCAGAACUUCAUGGUGGAGGACGAGACGGUGCUCCAUAACAUCCCUUACAUGGGAGACGAGAUCCUGGACCAGGAUGGCACGUUCAUAGAGGAGCUCAUUAAGAACUACGACGGCAAAGUCCACGGAGACAGAGAGUGCGGCUUCAUCAACGACGAGAUCUUCGUGGAGUUGGUCAACGCUCUGUCACAGUACAGCGACAACGAGGACGACGACGAGGAGGAAGAGCAGGACUUCAAGGUCGACAAGAUGGAGCUGUGUGACGGCAAGGAGCACCCGGAGGACCCCCACAAGGACGGGCUCAUGAACAGCGAGAGCCGAACCAGCAAUGACAGCACCAAGAAGUUUCCCUCCGACAAGAUUUUCGAAGCCAUCUCCUCCAUGUUCCCCGACAAGGGCUCCACCGAGGAGCUCAAAGAGAAGUACAAGGAGCUGACGGAGCAGCAGCUUCCCGGCGCGCUGCCACCCGAGUGCACACCGAACAUCGACGGCCCCAACGCUCGCUCCGUGCAGCGCGAACAGAGCCUGCACUCCUUCCACACUCUGUUCUGCAGACGCUGCUUCAAAUACGACUGCUUCCUCCACCCUUUCCACGCAACUCCAAACACCUACAAGCGCAAGAACUUGGAGAACCUGGUGGAGAGUAAACCCUGCGGCAUCGACUGCCACAUGUACCUGGUGCAGGAUGGGAUGGUGAGGGAAUAUCCUGCGGGUGUGGUCGCCGAGCGGGCCAAGACGCCCUCCAAACGCACGGUGGGCCGUCGCCGCGGACGACUGCCGAACAGCAACAGCCGGCCCAGCACCCCCACCGUUUCCUCGGAAACCAAAGACACAGACAGCGACCGCGAGGGCAGCAAAGAAGACGAGAGGGACAACGACAAAGACGACGAAGACAAGAAGGACGAGAACACCAGCAGCUCGGAGGGUAACUCACGGUGUCAGACUCCAGUGAAGAUGAAGCUGACCGGCGAGGCUGAAGCGGUGGAGUGGAGCGGAGCCGAAGCCUCUCUGUUCAGGGUUCUCAUCGGCACGUACUACGACAACUACUGCGCCAUCGCUCGGCUCAUCGGCACCAAGACCUGCAGACAGGUUUACGAGUUCAGGGUGAAGGAGUCCAGCAUCAUCGCUCGGGCUCCCGCUGAAGACGAGGACACGCCGCCUAGAAAGAAGAAGAGGAAACACAGACUGUGGGCCACUCACUGCAGGAAGAUCCAGCUGAAGAAAGAUGGUUCGUCCAAUCACGUGUAUAACUACCAGCCAUGUGACCACCCACGGCAGCCAUGUGACUCCUCCUGCCCCUGCAUCACCGCUCAAAACUUCUGUGAAAAGUUCUGCCAGUGCAGCUCAGAGUGUCAGAACCGUUUCCCGGGUUGUCGGUGCAAAGCCCAGUGUAACACCAAGCAGUGUCCCUGCUACCUGGCAGUGAGGGAGUGUGACCCCGACCUGUGCCUGACCUGCGGCGCUGCAGAACACUGGGACAGCAAGAACGUGUCCUGCAAGAACUGCUCCAUCCAGAGAGGAGCCAAGAAGCACCUGCUGCUGGCUCCGUCAGACGUGGCAGGAUGGGGGAUCUUCAUCAAAGAGCCGGUCCAGAAGAACGAGUUCAUCUCUGAGUACUGUGGAGAGAUUAUCUCUCAGGAUGAAGCAGACCGCAGAGGCAAGGUCUACGACAAAUACAUGUGCAGCUUCCUCUUCAACCUCAACAACGACUUUGUUGUUGAUGCCACGAGGAAAGGCAACAAGAUCCGCUUUGCCAACCACUCUGUCAAUCCUAACUGCUAUGCAAAAGUGAUGAUGGUGAACGGGGAUCACAGGAUAGGGAUCUUUGCCAAGAGAGCCAUCCAGACUGGAGAGGAGCUCUUCUUCGACUACAGGUACAGCCAGGCUGACGCUCUGAAGUACGUUGGGAUCGAGCGGGAGAUGGAGAUCGCCUGAUUCUGACUUCUACCUCCUGUGGAUCAGCGACACAAAGGCCUUACACACAAUCACAAACAAACACACCUUCACUUCAGGAAAUCCAGACGACUUGUCAAAAUGCUAGAAAGCUUCAGGAAAACUGGGAAUAUUUGAAGCAGAAUUUUGUUGCUGUUUUUUUUAAAACACUUUUCAUAUCUGUUUCUCAUUUUUCUUCGUGUGAUUUUUUUUUUUUUUUUUUCCUGUCAACAAAUCUUCCACUUCUGUCGGGCCGGGAGUUUCGGCUCCAUAAAUCUUCCCUCAGCUGAAGGUGCCGAUCACCUACGAACUGACUCGUCUGUCGUUUUUUUAAGAUUUCUGUACAUUACGUGUUCCACAGUGUGUCUGUAAAACUGGCUUUUCAAUUCAAGCUUCAGGGACCAAAAUCCUCCACCAGCCGCUUUCACACAGCUGACUGCACUCUGUUUGUACCGCGCCCGUGUGCGGCCACCUGUGGGUCAGGUGUGUGUCCUUUUUUUUUUUUUUUUUAUAUAUAUAUAUAUAUAUACAGUGUGAACUGAACCAGAGCGCCACAUCACUGUCUGUCUGUCAAACAGGAGGGCGUCCACAAAGCAGCGUCACACCAGAUCCGACCGAGGAGCGUUAACACUUUAACACGUGAUGUUUUCUGAUUAGAUUCGAGCGGAAACGAUCAAUCACUCUGCAACAAUUUAAAAUCAUUUAAAUCGCUGGAUUUUCUGUUUUUCUGAUGUGACAGGAAACUGGAAUCUCUAGGUUUUGGACGGUUGAAUGUACAAAACGCUGAAGCAGCUAUUAUCACUAAUUUUCUUUAGCAUUUAGCAGCUAACGAGCCAGAUGUUUCCCUCAGGAGCUGGUGGAGACCAAACAGAGAUAAGAGAUGGAAUAUUGGACUUAGAUUCAUCAGGUCACACAAACACGACUCCACAUGAAGGAUAUUGUUGCUGUGUAACUGCUGGAUGUGGAAAUUAACAACUGCUUGUUAGUAAGUUCACCACAUCAGUGUUUCUGCUGCCCCCAAGUGGCUUCCUGAGUUAUUACAGGAAGUCUAAAGGAGCAUUUUUCACUCUUUUCCUACUAAGACGAGCGAGAAUCGAUCUGCAGGUUAAUCAUUAAUUUAAAUAAUCACUUGUUGCACAACUGUUUGAUUUUGUGUAGAAGCUAAGUGAGAACAAUAUACAUAUAUUUUAGAAACUUUAUAUAAUCAAACAAAAUCAAACUGUGGCUUUAGAUGACGCCUGCAACUAAUUUUUUUAAUCAAUUUAAUAAUUUUCUUGGUUGAUCGUUUCAUCCUUUGGCCCAUAAAGGGUCAGAAAAUAGUUAAUUAAUUAAUUAAUUAAUUAAUUAAUAAUCCCCAUCAUAUUUUCCCAGAGUUCUGUUUGGUCCGAUCAGCUGCCUGAAACCCAGAGAUUCAGUUCAGUGAUGUGAAACAGAGAAAAACAGGAAAACGUCACAGUGAAGAAACUGAAACCAGACGAUGUUUUUGGCAUUUCUGUCUGAUAAUUAUAUAUAUAAUUAAUUGUUAAUUGAAACGGUUGCUUGUUUGUUUUCUGUCACUUGGUUGUUGCAGCUUCAUGUUAAAAAAAGAAAUAUAUAUAUCAUAUAUAUAUAUCAUGGCAUCAGAUCCGGUCUCUGGUCUCCGACACAAAUCUUCCACUUCUUGUCAUUUACAAAAGCAAUUUCUCCAAUUUAAAAUCUAAACUUAUUUUCAGGCAGGAUGAUUUUUUUUUUUUUUUUUUUUUAAAGCUUUUACUGAUUUAUUUUAAAAUGUGACAAAGGAAGAAACAACGAAAAACAAUGUGAUAAAAGCCGAGAAGUGACGGUGGUGAACAGUGAGAGGGGAAACAAACUGAGAAUCCUGUAAAUCCCACCUCCUGAAAACAACAGUCUGCGUUUGCUUUAUUUUCCUGGAUCUGGACCUGACUCCUGCUUUGUGACGCUGCUUCAGGUGCUAACGCUUCAGAAACCUCCACCACAACAGGAAGCUCAACAGACAGACAGGUGAACCUUCGCUUCUGGUCGUGGUUGAAGUUUCCUGAAUAUCUGAGCGGCGGUGCUUUCUACCAAACCCAGACUGAUACCGAUGAAGGUUUUCAUUCAUGUCUGACGCUCUGCUGUCUCUCCUCUCGUCUGUUUGUAGUUCCUGUUUUCCUCAGCAGCUCUGUGCUCCACUCGUCCUCCGGUCCAGGUUUUUCCCUGCAGCUCUGCCUCAGAUCAGGUUGUUGUUCAGUCAUUUGAGUUUUCGUCUGAUGCAGCUGAAACUCUCCAGUUCAUCUACUUUAUAAAAUCACUGACUUGUUGUUUGAGCUAUGAAGUGUCCAAAAAACAAAAAGUGGAAAACGCCCGUCACAGGUCUGAGAGCCUGAGGAGACGUCUUCAAAUCUCACGUUUGAGAAGCCAGAAACAGCAAAUGUUGAAUGAUUUAUCUCUUAAUUAAUCUCCAAAACUGUUAAUUUUUCUGUUUAUUUGGUCGAAAGCUCAGGAACAAAGUUUAAAAUUAACUCCUCAAGCUUAAAUUCGUUACUAAUUUUAAUUUAUCGCGAUAUAAAAUGGUUCUUUGUGUCUUUGUCACCCUCUCCUAACGAUAUUAAUUCAGAUUUAAUGAAACGUUAAAUACAGUUUAUAGGCAGAACAGGUGAAGUAGAGCUGCAGCUAAUCUGUAGAUUGUUGAGGUGAUUGAUAAUCAAUAACAUGAUCUUCAGAUAUUUAGUUUUGUCUAGUUUACAGUGAUCUCUAACGGAGAAGCUGGAAACAUUUCUUUAUAAAAACUAAUGAUUAAUUAAUUUUUUAAUUGGUGAAAUAUUGAUUAACUGACUAAUUGUUUGAGCCCUGAGGUGAACACCUGCUCAGGUACCUGGACCUGACUCGAGUCGAGCACAGUGAAGGCGUGAUGGGAAAACUUUUCUCUUAAAAAAAAAAAGGUGUUUGUUGAUGUUGAAGCUGUUAUUUCCCGCUCUCUGCUGUGCCUUGAGUCCUUAACCCGAUCGCCCGCCACUUCCUGUCUGUAGAUCAGCUGAUUAACGGUGACCACUCUUAACUUUCUGCAUGAUGACGUUUCAACCCCCCCCCCCCCCCCACCAGAGGAUCCUCUCUCUGACUCAGAUUACUGUACUGCCUCCUCCACGUGAUGUCCAAUCAGUUUGAUGUUACCUUACUCGUGUUCGGAGCAUUCCUCUUGUGAAAUAAGCCUUUUAAUAACGUACCAACAAUCACACUUUGACUCUUGUAUCUUCUCUGAUGUGAACUCUGGUGCUUGCAAAGAUGCCACAGACUCUCCGCCUGGUGUCUGACCGACUUGAAGCAAUACCAGCCUCUCUUUUUUUGUUUUUGUUUUUGUUUUUGGAAUUUCUUCGGCCCUCAUCUUCCUCCUGAGGAGACGUUCCUCUUCCUCUCCGCCUUCUUUGCUCUCCACCUGUAAUUUAUUACAAACAGAGGGACGUCUCGUGCUGUUGCGUUGUCGUCUGUGGUCGAUGGACGAAAGACUUCGGGGGGGGGGGGGGGGGCUACAGACCCUGACACCUGGUGCUUCACCUGCGGGUUCCUACACAUCCUGAAAUGUUUGGAGAAUCAGCUCCAGGCGGGAAGACGCGUUUUAACUGUUAGUUCAGAUUGUGUGACGUUUAUGUGCAUGAAAAAAAAUGGGAACUAUGACGUCCUGGUGACCAAAAUGUGUGAAUUUGUCAACAGAAAUGUGUAGGAACCCUUUUUUUUUUUUUUUAUUAUUAUUAUUAUUUUAUUUUGAAGAUCACAAACCUUCACUGCUGAUUCAUAUGAGCCUUCCCAUGUUUCUGACUUCCUCACAGUGUUUUGGGGGUGUGACUGCAUUUAAACAUCCAGCGAUUCUUGAAAAGAAGAAGCCAGAGCAGCUGUUUUUCAGUCGUGAACUGACGUCUGGGUCUGAAAGCAGCUGCUGUGGAGUUUCCUCUAAAGAGUCAGAGAGUUGAGGUUUAUUUAUCGUUUCAGACGUCCGCCUGCGUUAACCCCUCACUCUUCUCGUCAAACCAGGACCACUUUUUCCUCCGAUGACACAGGUGCUGAUUUUGUAAUGUUUACAGGGAUUUUUGUUGUUCAAAGUGAUGCAGAUUAAAAUAUUAUAAAUGGAGUUUUUUGGUUUCAAUUUGUUCUAACAGCUUCUUGUUUAUACGAGAGUCAGAGGUGAGAAGGAGUGAAGUUAGUGUCACUGUGAAACAAACAGACAAUAUAAGAAUAUCAAUCUAAACCCAGUUAAUUGAGAGAAGUUAGACUGUCUAUUCAUGUACAAACUUUUGAUUUAAGUAUUAGAGAAUUAUAUUUUUCAUACCUGUCCCUGUUAUUCUAGAUAAUCCACAACAUUUACUGCCAACAGUUUUCAGUGGAGACGUUUCAUCAGCAGAAAACGGGUCCAAACAAAAGUGCUGACAAAGUGCUAAUGCUAAUUUUUAUCAGAUGUAAUUUUAAAAGCUGUUCACCCACAUUAACUGUGGUCAAAAGUGUCUGCAUGAACAGACAGUAUCAAGGGUGACACACGAACAGACUUUAAAGGGAUAGUUCGGGUUAUUUUACAGACUAGUGGAGCCACUAGAAAACACUUAUAAACACCCACUUAAACAAUCCAAUAUCCGUUUAAAUGUAUGCUUCAUGUAGAAUAUAUUUUCAGCGGUUUAUCUUCCUGUAAAUAACAAAAUCUCUUUGGAAUAUAAUGAAAAAUUAUUGCAAAUGCAGAUGAAACAGUAUAGAAGCUUUGUCGGACUAGUUUUUGAUGUUUUAACAAAACAGUAUAUUGUCUGAAGAUCUUUUGUGAAUCUGUUUUGUAUUAUAUGUGAUGCGUUGGGGGGGGGGGGGGUCUGAAUGUGGUCGGAGAUCUGUAUGAGGACUUUGGGACUGGUGCUAAAACUGUGAAUUUAUUUAAUUAGAAUUUUAUACUUAGCUUUGCCGUUCUAAAUGUUUUUUUGGUAUGCUAAGUAUUAUUCCUUAAGAUCAUUUGUACAAAUAAUUGUUCUAAAUAAAGUUAUGAACAAAACAAAACAAAAAAACGUAUUCCUAUACGAUGAAAAAGAUGUAGUGCCAAAGGAAAGUAUAUAAAAUAUUCAACAUGAAGCUACAUUCAAACCGAUGUUGGAUUGUUUCAGUUGCUGUUUUUAUACGUGUCUUAGCAGGGGGGUGGGGGGGGUUCUGGUGGCCCCGCCCACAGCAACACGUCGCUCUACUAGUCUGCCACGUCUAAAAUAACCCGAACUAUCCCUUUAAAACUAACCUGGACUAAAGUUUCCAUUGAUGGUUUUUGAUUAUUAGCAUCUUCUCAGAUGUAAAACUCGGAGUCGAGCGUUUAGAGAAAUCUUUCCUUGUUUUUAUUUAUCACACAUUUAGAAAAUGAACCACACUAUACAAAUGUCCACCGUUCAGUAAUGAAACAGGCCUCCUGCAUGAACCCAACCGACCUCAAACCAAAACUGAGACAACUUCAGCGGAUAAAGAAGCGCCAUGGCGGCUCUAAACUCACCACCUCCUCCGGUUCAGUCGCAGACUUUAAUUAAUGACCGGCGUCGAUUUCGUGUCGUCGUACGGUGGACUGCGUCGGCUGCCCAGUGACUCGACUUUUAUUUUAACUUUUUAAUCUUUUUCGUGGUCACUGUGGUGCAGGUAGGCAGUAGCAUGCAGAAACCUUUGGAUGCGGCUCUCCUCUGAUUGGCUGUAGGCUAAUUCAUUACGUUUGCGCUAUGUAAAGAAGGGAGUAGGGUUUGUUUUUUCCUCUUAGAGUCUGUGGUUAUUUACAAUAUGACAACAAGGAAGUGAGUGUGUUUGAGUCCUACAGAUGGGACGGGACAGGCGAGCAUGUAGACGGGGGUUCCCAGUCUCAACAGGAGGGGCGUCGGAGCAGAAAGUUCACACCCUCCCCACCCCCCCCUUUGCACGUUGAUGGUUGUCAUAUCGGGGCAGUCACAUGUUCGGCGACACACUCACAACAUGUCCGCCGCUCAGAGGGAUCCACACUUUAUUACUCAGACAUAAAAUUAAAAAAAAAAAAAAAAAAAAAAAAAAGAUAACAAAUAAAAAUAAAA